CCAGACUGCCCGCCUGCAAACGGACACGCAGCCGCCCCCAGCUCUCCUCGACGCCGGAGAAGAAAAGAAAGACAGCGGACGGCAAAGAAAUGCGUCUGCAUGCAGGCGGAGGGUGUGCAUCGAUCCCCCACGCCCACGCCCACCCCCGCCUUCAUGUACCCUAAAUGCUAACGUCAUCCGGCCGCGGUUGCCGGUAGAAACGCGUAUGCCCCUCGUGCCCUGCCCCUCGUCGCGUCGCCGGGUCAUAUAUUCUCCGUCGUUAUCGACAAGCAUUCAGACGCCGACGACGCCAGCUCGGGUAUUGACCUGGGGCACUGCCUUCAAAUUAAGCCCUCGGAGUGUCUCUCGUCCUCGUCGCAUCCUGGAAACCUCUGGCUCUGCUGCUGACGCAUUCCCCCCUAAUUGCCCCGUCUGCCCCCAUUUGCUGACCCCCUCGGACAUUCACAAUGGCGCCGGUAGAAGUUCUCAUGGUCGGUACGGGAGAGUACACGACGGGAUUCGUCGGAGGCGGCGCCUCAAAGUCUGACAAAAAGGUCGGCGUGGUGGGCUUGACCCUAUUCGACCUCCGACGACGCGGCAAAGUAGGCAAACUGUCCAUGGUGGGCACAUCCGGUGGCAAAUUCCCCGCCAUCCGCGACCAUCUCCAGAAGAACGUUUCCGAGGCCUACAACAAUUUGGAUGUUUCAUUUGAAGAGUUCCCAAAGGAAGGGAAGACGGACCCCAAUGCCUACAAGACGGCAAUUGACGCGCUCCCCAAAGGCAGUGCCAUCACCAUUUUCACGCCCGACACUACCCACUACCCCAUUGCCCUGUACGCCAUUGAGCGUGGAAUACACGUUCUAAUCACAAAGCCCGCCGUAAAGCUGCUGGAACAUCAUCAGAAACUGCUCGAGGAGGCAAAGAAGCACAACGUCUUUGUCUACAUUGAGCACCACAAGCGAUAUGAUCCUGCCUACGCGGAUGCGCGCUUCAGGGCACAGAAACUGGGCGACUUUAACUACUUUUAUUCGUACAUGAGCCAGCCAAAGAGCCAGCUAGAGACCUUCAAAGCAUGGGCUGGUGUUGAUUCCGACAUCUCCUACUACCUCAACUCCCACCACAUCGAUAUCAACGAGUCCAUGGUUCCUGACUGGAAGCCAGUGCGUGUCAUGGCCAGCGCGGCCAAAGGAAUAGCUACUGGCCUGGGCUGCGAUCCCGCAACCGAGGACACCAUCACACUGCUCACCAAUUGGGUGAAGAAGGAUGACCCGAGCAAAGUCGCAACCGGUGUCUACACAGCUGGCUGGGCAGCACCACAAAAGGCUGGUGUACACUCGAAUCAAUAUUUCCAUUAUAUGGCCUCGACCGGAGAGAUUCGCGUCAACCAGGCCAAGCGAGGCUACGACGUUACUGACGACGAGACUGGCCUGCUAUGGUACAACCCUUUCUACAUGAAGUAUGCCCCUGACGAGGAGGGCAACUUUGCGGGCCAGAUUGGCUACGGCUACAUUUCCUUUGAAAAGUUCAUUGAUGCCGUCAACAAGCUCAAUGCGGGUGAAGUCACACUCGACCAGUUAGAUGCGCGACCACUACCAACGCUGAAGAACACCAUUGCGACAACAGCCAUUCUAGAAGCCGGCCGGAGAUCGCUAGACGAGAACCGUCCCAUUGAUAUUAUCCAAGAAAACGGAGUCUGGUCCCUAAAAUAGUCACUGGUGGUAUUUAGUACAAUCAUAU